GAUUGGCGAAGUGCAGUCAAGCUGGUGUUUGACAGGCGCUCCGGACCGCGAUACCCGGAAUUGGAGAUUGACAGACAGGCUUGAUGGGAGCAACCGGAGGGUGGUGAUUGACAGGUGGCCUGGGACCCGGAGCUGUUUUCAGGUGCACCCCAAGAAAAUGCCAGGAUUAAGUGGGAAAGUUCAGACUGUGCUGGGUCUGAUCGAUCCCAGCCAGUUGGGUCGUACCCUGACCCACGAGCACUUGGCCUUGUCUUUCGAGGUUUGCUACUCGCCACCACCUCCUGGUCAGGAAGCGUGCUCGGAAAUGCCGAUAUCCAUGAACAACUUGUACUGGCUCAAACAGAACCCGUACAGUCACAAAGGUAACCUCAUGUUCAACGAGGAGACUGAGGCGGUGAAAGAGGAGCUGCUGCAUUUUAAGAGAGUGGGUGGCGGAUCUAUCGUGGAAAACACAACGACUGGGAUUUGCAGAGAUGCGAAAACUCUCCGGCGCCUUUCUCAAGAAACUGGUGUCCAUGUCAUUUCGGGGGCGGGAUUCUACGUGGGUGAAACUCAUUCGCCAGAGACGCGGAACAUGACCGUGGAAAAUCUGACAGAUAUUCUAGUGAAUGAAAUUCUCCAUGGAGCAGAUGGAACUGACAUCAAAUGUGGAGUGAUCGGAGAAAUCGGCUGUUCUUGGCCAAUCACUGAGAGUGAAAAAAAAGUUCUUCAAGCCACAGCAGAGGCACAGACGCAGCUUGGCUGUCCUGUUAUCAUUCACCCAGGCAGAAAUGUUGAAUCACCUUUCCAUAUUAUUCGAAUACUUCAGGAGGCUGGAGCUGACAUCUCCAAAACAGUCAUGUCCCAUCUAGACCGGACCAUACUUGACCCGGAUAAACUGCUAGAGUUUGCCAGACUGGGAAGUUACCUGGAAUAUGAUCUAUUCGGCACUGAAUUCUUGAACUAUGCGUUUAAUCCCACAGUGGAUAUGCCCUGUGACAAUGAAAGGAUCCAUCGAAUCCGUUUUCUGGUUGAAGAGGGUUAUGAAGAUAAACUGCUGAUAUCCCACGACAUUCACACCAAGAACCGAUUGGUUAAGUAUGGAGGACACGGCUAUUCCCACAUUCUAACCAACAUAGUUCCAAAAAUGAAUCAGAGAGGUCUGACGCAAUGUGUUGUAGACAAGAUUUUGGUGGAAAAUCCAAAACGUUGGCUAACGUUUAAGUAAUUAAAUAGACAUUAUCUGAUUGGCCCAAAAUGAUCUACAAUUGAUCUUAAGAACUAAGUGUCCCAGUGAACUGAUUUAUAGUUGAUUUAAGUGCAAAGCUUUCUCUAUAAGGUUAUAAUUUCUAAUACACUAAAAAGAUUAUGUAUUCUUAAUCUGUGCUGGAUGAGAAAAAUGGACUGGUAAAUACUUGAAGGGUGCUUGUUUUGUUGUGAUGUCUUACUGUUUACUUGUACGGCAAUAAAGAAACAUUUAGCAAACCUAAUGAGGCAGAUCGUAUAAUUUGGCGCUGCAUUCACUGUAAUAGGAUGGGAUUUAUAGCAAUUAAACCCCACUUGGGGCUAUUCUCACUCGGACAAUCAUUUCUCAAUUUGUUGCUUGCCCUCAAUGACACGUAACCGCAGUGCAGUAGUUAAGACAAACGCCAGUCAUGUGUAAAUUGGAGUAAAUAUAUUGGAAUGUUUCUGAACUGUAACCCACUUCCCUACAUUAAUAGUGGUGGCUACACUAAAACAUAUUUAUUCAUUGCAAAGCACGUCUGGUGGACCCAUUUCUUUCCAUUGUAUAUUCUUUGCACUUGUUUCCAAUCGGCGACUUUCAUAGAUGGAUAUUAACACCAUAUUGGUAAGGUAGAUACUAACUGAAUACCAAGGAAGAACUUGCGAUGAAUAAUUUGUCAAAUGAGGAAUGAAAGUUUAAAUUGGAGCCUACCUGUUGUCAUAAGACUAUUUUACAACUUGCUCGAAAAAUAUUUACUUGAAGAAAAUGUUUUUUUUACAAAGUUUUAACCCCAAAUUUAAGGCGUUAUUUCCAUGUACAGAGCAUAAUUUGAAUGACAUUUACGCAUUGAAAUAACCGCAUUUUUACAUUAAAUUUAACACAGAAUAGACGAGACAUUUGAAGGUAUUGCAUCUUCUUUUAAUGAACAGCAAUAUUUUAUAACAGUAAUCUGGGCCCAAAGCAAUAACGAAGGAAUUGGAAUAAGCUGCAUAAAAAUUAACGUGUAAAUGGGAAAAAGAAAGGUCUGCCUUAUACCAGACUUCAAAAUGAGUCCAAUUACUAGGCUAAACCAAAACAAUUAAAAUUGUGGAAGAAAUUAAAUGUAAAACGCCUUACAUUUACUUAAUUUAAUAUUGAGGCCGUAUGUUGGAAGCAUGUUUUAACUCUAACUUCACACGAUUGCUUCUCGUAUGUAAUCCCAUCGCAAUCGAUCGUCGGUUAUAGGUGCAAUGGAAUUAUUCAUCAAGGAAGUAGAACGGAUCCUACUGUAACGUAAGAGUGUCACUUACAAGCUUGGAUGGUCAAAUCCGUGCAGUUUAGUCAAGCGGUCUAAUAAUGUAUGAAAAUUUAACUAAUAAUCAAAAUGUAGUAAAACCUAUCGUUAUAAAAUAACUGUUGUCCAAAUGAUUAUUAUGUGAGGCGUGAAAAUAUUGAAUACCUUAACCUUAUAUGAUUAAAAGAUUUAUUUUAAAAA